GCUAUCAUAUGUACGCGUGUGAUUCCGACGGGCAGCCUCUGGUGGAGGUGUUCUCCGUCCGCGUCCACGGCGGUGAAGCCCCCACCGGCACCGUCAGCGUCUUCGACGGCAAGCGCGGGCAGAUCAUCUACAACAACACCCCGGAGCAUCCCCACAAACCAGCUGCUUCUUCCCGCCACCGGAGUUCCGGCAAGCUCCCGCUGACGGGCCCCUACCGAGCCAUCUCUGCAGACGGGUGCGUCGCCAUCGUGCUCGACCUCCAAGGUCGCUGCCAGAACAAGGCAGCACCGUCGCCGUCUUCUUCUUCAUCGUCGUACGUGUCUGAGAUACUUGUGGACGUCUACGACGAGAACACAAGGUACGACGAGGCCAUCACCCAUGACGACGGCUUCCUACAGGUGAGGUACGCGCUGCUGAGCGACGCCGUGGAAGCCAUCGUCGAGGUGAAGCUCCUCCGGCCACGAGCCAGCGGCACGGUCCGCGGGACGGUCGUCGCUCGCACUGUCCUAGGCGAGGUGGUGCUCUUCGACGUCGGCGAGACCACCAUGAGCAUCGGCAUGCAGGAGCUCACCGGCACCCUCCCGCUCGCCAGGUCGGUCGUCGCCGUCCAGCUGACGUCGUUGCUAACGAUCGAAGUAGAUCUGCGUCUCGAUGGCGACGAGACCAUGAGUGGAUCUGUUGCGUGCCAACCCAAACCCGGUACCAAGGAAGUUCGUGGCCUCGCUGGUGGUGAGGUGGAGGUGACCGUCACAUGGUUAGACUAGUCGCUCCAUCCAUCCUCUCGCGUUGAAUUCCUGUCGAAAGUAUAUACAAAUUGCGGUGUUGAACUUGGGUUAAUUAGUGGGUAGUAAUAGGAUUAGUAGCCCGGGCCUCUCGGAAAAGAAUAGGACUAGUUAGGUUUGUAACCUUCGCUUCUAAAAGCAUGUUGCUUUUUGUUGACACCAGAUUUUGGCAUGGUCAAGAACUUAAAUAAUAUGUCCUCAAAUGAA